AGCCCAUCCACCAAUCACGUGCCAGUGUGCUGUGACGUCAUCGCGGAAGUAGCUAGCUAGACGGUACACCUGCUGUUGAAUACAACGACUCACUCAGGCAAACCGGUGCGAUGGCGCAGUCCUGGCUGUAGGGGGCGAGCAUGAUGCACAUCCUGCUGGCGAAGCUGCUGGGCCUGCUGGCGCUGCUGGCGCUCAUGCUGGCCGGCGUGCUGGUGCCGGCGCGCCUCCUGGCGGCCGACCGCCGCAAGGCGCAAAGUUACCGCCGCGCCGUCUCGCUGUGCAACGCCUUCUCGGGGGGCGUGUUCUUGGCCACCUGCUUCAACGCGCUGCUGCCGGCGGUCAGGGCCAAGGCGAACGACGUGCUGCAGCGGCUGAAAGUGGGCGGCGACUAUCCGGCGGCGGAGACGAUGAUGAUGGUGGGCUUCUUCGUCAGCGUCUUGGUGGAGCAGAGCGUGCUGACCUUCCGGAAGGAGGCGCCGUCCUUCAUCGACCUUGAGACCUUCAACCGGGGCGGCUCGGAGGCGGGCAGCGACUCGGAGUGCGACGCGCCCUUCCUCUCCGAGGGGCGCCAUCGCGGCCACCGCCACGGACACCUGAGCCCCGCGCAGCUGGUGGGGGCGGGGCCCGUGCGCCUCGCCAGUCUGGUCCUGGCGCUGUCCGCGCACUCGGUCUUCGAGGGCGUGGCGCUGGGCCUGCAAGAGGACGCCGCUAAGUUCGGCCGCCUCCUGCUGGGCGUGGCCGUGCACGAGACGCUGGCCGCCGCCGCGCUGGGCGUGAGCGCGGCCAAGGCGGCCCUCGGCAUGAAGGACGCCGCCAAGAUGGCCGUCGCCGUCAGCCUGAUGAUCCCGCUGGGCGCCGCCGUGGGCGUGGCCAUCGACUCUGCUCAGACACUAGCGGGGGGCGUGGUCUCUGUGGUGCUGCAGGGGCUCGCCGCCGGAACCUUCCUCUUCGUCACCUUUUUCGAGAUCCUGACGCCAGAACUGGAGCACCAGGCCGACCGCCUCCUCAAAGUCCUCUUCCUCGUCCUCGGAUACGCCGCACUCGCCGCCCUCGCCUUCAUCCGGUGGUGACCCGCGCUGACGUUUGGCACUAGACCUGGACAGGUAGAUCUAGGAUGAUAGACUACAAUGACACAGAGGUCUAGAACGGGCAGAAGUACUAGUAGACCUGGAAUGACUAGAACAUGGGAAUCUGGAACAAACUCAACUAGAACCACAGACCUGGAAUGACUAGAACAUGGGAAUCUGGAACAAACUCAACUAGAACCACAGACCUGGAAUGACUAGAACAUGGGAAUCUGGAACAAACUCAACUAGAACCACAGACCUGGAAUGACUAGAACAUAGGAAUCUGGAACAAACUUAACUAGAACCACAGACCUGGAAUGACUAGAACAUAGGAAUCUGGAACAAACUCAACUAGAACCACAGACCUGGAAUGACUAGAACAUGGGAAUCUGGAACAAACUCAACUAGAACCACAGACCUGGAAUGAAUAGAACUCUUUUUUACAGGAAGCUCUACUGGAUAGUACAGGUGACUCUGGAUAGGACUAUACUAGAAUGACACGAAGAUCUAGAACGGAUUGCACUAUUGUUAAACGAAGAUCUAGAACGGGUAGAACUAUAAUUACAGGAAGACCUAGUACAAAUAGAGCCAUAUUUAAAGGUAGUCCUAGAACGGAUAGAAUUACAUUUAAAGGAUGAUCUAGGACAAUACAGGUAGAUCUAGAACGGAUAGUAUUAUAUUUAAAGGAAGAUCUAGUACGGAUAGAACUAAUAAUUACAGGAAGAACUAGAACAGGUAUAACUAUAAUUACAGGAAGAUGAAGUACGGGUAGAACUAUAAUUACAAGUAGGUCUAGAACGGAUAGUACUAUAGUUAUAAGUAGUUCUAGGAGGGAUGGACGUACAAUUAUAGUAGGAUCUAGAACGGAUAGAACUAUAAUUAUAGGUAGAUCUAGGAGGGAUAGAUGUAUAAUUAUAGUAAAGAUCUAGAACAGAUUGAACUACAAUUACAGGUAGAUCUAGAAGGGAUAUAACUAUAAUUACAGGUAGCUCUAGGAUGAUAGACUACAAUGACACAGAGGUCUAGAACGGGCAGAAGUACUAGUAGACCUGGAAUGACUAGAACAUGGGAAUCUGGAACAAACUCAACUAGAACCACAGACCUGGAAUGAAUAGAACUCUUUUUUACAGGAAGCUCUACUGGAUAGUACAGGUGACCCUGGAUAGGACUAUACUAGAAUGACACGAAGAUCUAGAACGGAUUGCACUAUUGUUAAACGAAGAUCUAGAACGGGUAGAACUAUAAUUACAGGAAGACCUAGAACAAAUAGAACCAUAUUUAAAGGUAGGUCUAGAACGGAUAGAAUUACAUUUAAAGGAUGAUCUAGGACACUACAGGUAGAUCUAGAACGGAUAGUAUUAUAUUUAAAGGAAGAUCUAGUACGGAUAGAACUAAUAAUUACAGGAAGACCUAGAACAAAUAGAACCAUAUUUAAAGGUAGGUCUAGAACGGAUAGAAUUACAUUUAAAGGAUGAUCUAGGACAAUACAGGUAGAUCUAGAACGGAUAGUAUUAUAUUUAAAGGAAGAUCUAGUACGGAUAGAACUAAUAAUUACAGGAAGAACUAGAACAGGUAUAACUAUAAUUACAGGAAGAUGAAGUACGGGUAGAACUAUAAUUACAAGUAGGUCUAGAACGGAUAGUACUAUAGUUAUAAGUAGUUCUAGGAGGGAUGGACGUACAAUUAUAGAAGGGUCUAGAACGGAUAGAACUAUAAUUAUAGGUAGAUCUAGGAGGGAUAGAUGUAUAAUUAUAGUAAAGAUCUAGAACAGAUUGAACUACAAUUACAGGUAGAUCUAGAAGGGAUAUAACUAUAAUUACAGGUAGCUCUAGGAUGAUAGACUACAAUGACACAGAGGUCUAGAACGGGCAGAACUACUAGUAGACCUGGAAUGACUAGAACAUGGGAAUCUGGAACAAACUCAACUAGAACCACAGACCUGGAAUGAAUAGAACUCUUUUUACAGGAAGCACUACUGGAUAGUACAGGUGACCCUGGAUAGGACUAUACUAGAAUGACACGAAGAUCUAGAACGGAUUGCACUAUUGUUAAAGGAAGAUCUAGAACGGGUAGAACUAUAAUUACAGGAAGACCUAGCACAAAUAGAACCAUAUUUAAAGGUAGUUCUAGAACGGAUAGAAUUACAUUUAAAGGAUGAUCUAGGACAAUACAGAUAGAUCUAGAACGGAUAGUAUUAUAUUUAAAGGAAGAUCUAGUACGGAUAGCACUAAUAAUUACAGGAAGAACUAGAACAGGUAUAACUAUAAUUACAGGAAGAUGAACUACGGGUAGAACUAUAAUUACAAGUAGGUCUAGAACAGAUAGACCUAUAGUUAUAAGUAGUUCUAGGAGGGAUGGACGUACAAUUAUAGAAGGAUCUAGAACGGAUAGAACUAUAAUUAUAGGUAGAUCUAGUAGGGAUAGAUGUAUAAUUAUAGUAAAGACCUAGUACAGAUUGAACUACAAUUACAGGUAGAUCUAGAAGGGAUAUAACUAUAAUUACAGGUAGCUCUAGGAUGAUAGACUACAAUGACACAGAGGUCUAGAACGGGCAGAAGUACUAGUAGACCUGGAAUGACCAGAACAUGGGAAUCUGGAACAAACUCAACUAGAACCACAGACCUGGAAUGAAUAGAACUCUUUUUACAGGAAGCUCUGUUGGAUAGUACAGGUGACCCUGGAUAGGACUAUACUAGAAUGACACGAAGAUCUAGAACGGAUUGCACUAUUGUUAAACGAAGAUCUAGAACGGGUAGAACUAUAAUUACAGGAAGACCUAGAACAAAUAGAACCAUAUUUAAAGGUAGUCCUAGAACGGAUAGAAUUACAUUUAAAGGAUGAUCUAGGACAAUACAGGUAGAUCUAGAACGGAUAGUAUUAUAUUUAAAGGAAGAUCUAGUACGGAUAGAACUAAUAAUUACAGUAAGAACUAGAACAGGUAUAACUAUAAUUACAGGAAGAUGAAGUACGGGUAGAACUAUAAUUACAAGUAGGUCUAGAACGGAUAGAACUAUAGUUAUAAGUAGUUCUAGGAGGGAUGGACGUACAAUUAUAGAAGGGUCUAGAACGGAUAGAACUAUAAUUAUAAGUAGUUCUAGGAGAGAUGGACGUACAAUUAUAGAAGGAUCUAGAACGGAUAGAACUAUAAUUAUAGGUAGAUUUAGGAGGGAUAGAUGUAUAAUUAUAGUAAAGAUCUAGAACAGAUUGAACUACAAUUACAGGUAGAUCUAGAAGGGAUAUAACUAUAAUUACAGGUAGCUCUAGGAGGAAUAGACGUAUAAUUAUAGAAAGAUCCAGAACAGAUUUAACUAUAAGUACAGGUAGAUCUACAAUUGAUAAAACUAUAAUUACAUGUAGACCUACGAGGGAUAUAACUAUAAUUUCACAGGUAGAUCUAGAAUUGAUAGAAUUAUAAUUACAUGUAUCUCUAGGAGGGAUACAACUAUAAUUACAGGUAGACCUAGAAUUGAUAGAAUUAUAAUUACAUGUAGAUCUAGGAGGGAUCGAACUAUAAUUAAAGGUAGAUCUAGAAUUGAUAGAAUUAGAAUUACAGGUAGAUCUAGAAUGGAUAGAACUAUAAUUACAGGUAAAUCUAGGAGGGCUAGAACUAUAAUUACAGGUAGAUCUAGAACGGAUAGAACUAUAAUUAUAGGUAGGUCUAGGAGGGCUAUAACUAUAAUUACAGGGAGACCUAGAAUUGAUAGAACUAUAAUUACAGGUAGAUCUAGAACGGAUAUAACUAUAAUCAUAGGUAGAUCUAGGAGGGAUAGACGUAUAAUUAUAGAAAGAUCUUCAACGGAUUGAACUAUAAUUACAGUUGGAUCUAGAAUUGAUAGAACUAUAAUUACAGGUAGACCUAGAAUUGAUAGAACUAUAAUUACAGGUUGAUCUAGAAUUGAUAGAACUAUAAUUACAGGUAGAUCUAGAAUUGAUAGAUCUAUAAUUACAGGUAGAUCUAGAAUUGAUAGAACUAUAAUUACAGGUAGAUCUAGAAUUGAUAGAUCUAUAAUUACAGGUAGAUCUUGAAUUGAUAGAACUAUAAUUACAGGUAGAUCUAGAAUUGAUAGAUCUAUAAUUACAGGUAGAUCUUGAAUUGAUAGAACUAUAAUUACAGGUAGACCUAGGAGGGAUGUAACUAUAAUUACAGGUAGAUCUAGAAUUGAUAGAACUAUACAGGUAGAUCUAGAAUUGACAGAUCUAUAAUUACAGGUAGAUCUUGAAUUGAUAGAACUAUAAUUACAGGUAGAUCUAGAAUUGAUAGAACUAUAAUUACAGGUAGAUCUAGAAUUGAUAGAUCUAUAAUUACAGGUAGAUCUAGAAUUGAUAGAACUAUAAUUACAGGUAGAUCUAGAAUGGAUAGACCGGGUGUAUAUGGAAAGUACAAAACUGAAAUGGCAGGUAGAACUGCAAAAAUAGAACUGGAAUGAAACAGAUCUGCAAUGGAUAAACGAUAGAUCUAGGACAGAUAGAAGUAGAAUUUACAGGUAGUUCUAGAAUGGAUGAUACUAGAAUUACAGGUAGAUCUAGAACAGACAAAACUAGAAUGAGAAAUGUGUGACAGAAUGACAGAUCUAGAAAGGAUAGAACUAGAUUCAAUAGAUGUACUAGAAUCAGGUAGCUCUACAAGCUAGACACAUUCAAAGUAAGUCAAUGUUUUGUACUUUGUUAUUUCCUUAACUUGAUAUGGACAUUCUUUUAUGCUCAUGUUCUUUAUCAUAUUUCAUAUAUAAAUGAUCAUCAUAUUUGAUAUAUAACAUACAUCAAUGUUAAUCAUAUUUGAUAUAUAAAUGAUAAACAUAAAAAACUAAAAUGGUGUUGUGUCGUUUUUGAAAAGGACAGGGUUGAAGCGGCGGGGCGGAAUCCUCUUUAUUGGCAAAGUAUGUUCAACACAUUAGGACUUUGACGUAAACAAUCUUAUGAUAAUCAUGUUCUUUAUCAUAUUUCAUACAUCAAUGUUAAAUUUUUUUAUCAUAUUUGCGCGACUCCAAAAGGGACAAGUGGUAGAAAAUGGAUGGAUGGGAUGGAUAUAUAAAUGAUAAACUAAAAUGGUGUGUCGUUUUUGAAAAGGACAGGGUUGAAGCGGCGAGACAGAAUCCUCUUUAUUGGCAAAGUAUGUUAAACACAUUAGGACUUUGGCGUAAACAAAUCAUGUUCUUUAUCAUAUUUCAUAUGUCAAUGUUAAUCAUAUUUAUCAUAUUUGAUAUAUAAAUGAUGAGCAUAAAAAAGUAAAAUGGUGUGUCGUUUUUGAGGCGGAAUCCUCUUUAUUGGCAAAGUAUGUUCAACACAAAAAGGACUUUGACGUAAACAAUCAUAUGAUAAUCACGUUCUUGAUCAUAUUUCAUACAUCAAUGUUAAUCAUAUUUGAUAUAUAAAUGAUAAACAUAAAAAACUAAAAUGGUGUGUCGUUUUUGAAAAGGACAGGCAGAAUCCUCUUAAUUGGCAAAGUACGUUCAACACAAAAGGACUUUGACGUAAACAAUCAUAUGAUAAUCAUGUUCUUUAUCAUAUUUCAUACAUCAAUGUUAAUCAUAUUUAUCAUAUUUGCGCGACUCCAAAAGGGACAAGUGGUAGAAAAUGGAUGGAUGGGAUAGAUAUAUAAAUGAUAAACUAAAAUGGUGUGUCGUUUUUGAAAAGGACAGGGUUGAAGCGGCGAGACAGAAUCCUCUUUAUUGGCAAAGUAUGUUAAACACAUUAGGACUUUGACGUAAACAAAUCAUGUUCUUUAUCAUAUUUCAUAUAUAAAUGAUCAUCAUAUUUCAUAUAUAACAUACAUCAAUGUUAAUCAUAUUUGAUAUAUCAAUGAUAAACAUAAAAAACUAAAACGGUGUGUCGUUUUUGAAAAGGACAGGGUUGAAGCGGCGGGGCGGAAUCCUCUUUAUUGGCAAAGUACGUUUCACACAAAAGGACUUUGACGUAAACAAUCAUAUGAUAAUCAUGUUCUUUAUCAUAUUUCAUACAUCAAUGUAAAUCAUAUUUAUCAUAUUUGCGCGACUUCAAAAGGGACAAGCGGUAGAAAAUGGAUGGAUGGGAUGGAUAUAUAAAUGAUAAACUAAAAUGGUGUGUCGUUUUUGAAAAGGACAGGGUUGAAGCGGCGGGGCGGAAUCCUCUUUAUUGGCAAAGUACGUUCAACACAAAAGGACUUUGACGUAAACAAAUCAUGUUCUUUAUCAUAUUUCAUACAUCAAUGUUAAUCAUAUUUGAUAUAUAAAUGAUAAACAUAAAAAAGUAAAAUGGUGUGUCGUUUUUGAAAAGGACGGUUGAAGCGGCGGGGCGGAAUCCUCUUUAUUGGCAAAGUAUGUUCAACACAAAAGGACUUUUGACGUAAACAAUCAUAUGGACGUUAACUCAAAUGUAAACAAAUAAGUGAUAGAAUCGUACCAGUGAAGCAAUUAAAGGUGACAAGUGCACGCCGGUGACCCUCGCCUUGACCUUUAACCCCCACCCGUCCGAGGGGGAGCCACAACGAGGGAGCGUGAGGACCGCCUGUAAGCUCCUUAGUCCCGCUAAAUCUGCCUUAAUC